CUUUCUAAACUACCAAAACGGAUAAUGCAAAUUCCCGCCAAAGCUGCCUUAGUGCCUGCCAUAAACUAGGGUUUCCAAUUUUCUUCAAUUUUCCCCAAAAAUGGCAGUUCCCCUCUUCAAUCUCGCACCCAAUCUCACAGUAUCCAGGCUAUGCUUCGGAACGAUGACUUUCGGUGAACAAAAUACGCUUCAGGAAUCCUUUUGCCUUCUUGAUAAAGCCUUUGAUUCUGGCAUCAACUUCUUCGAUUCUGCCGAAAUGUAUCCGGUGCCGCAGCGUGCGGAGACCCAUGGAAGGAGUGAACAAUACUUGGGCCGAUGGAUUAAAGACCGAAAAAUUCCGAGGGAUCGUCUUAUUUUGGCUACUAAGGUUGCUGGGCCUUCUGGCCAGAUGACUUGGAUUCGAGGAGGGCCGGAGUGUUUGGAUGCUAAGAAUAUAGAAGAAGCCAUAGAUAACAGCCUAUUACGCCUGCAAACAGAUUAUAUUGAUCUCUAUCAAAUUCACUGGCCUGACCGGUAUGUUCCCAUGUUCGGAGAAAUUGAAUAUGAUCCCAGAAGACAAUACUUUUCUACCCCUAUCGAGGAGCAGCUUCAUGCACUCACCAAAGCUGUUGAUGCUGGCAAGGUCAGAUAUAUUGGGCUCAGUAAUGAAACACCAUAUGGUGUGAUGAAGUUCCUACAAGUUGCGGGCAUAAUUGAUGGCUGUUCAAAAAUUAUCUCCUUGCAGAAUUCAUACAGCUUGCUCUGCCGCACCUUUGAUUCUGCAUUGGCCGAGUGCUGUCAUCAUGAGAGAAUCUUCUUGUUAGCCUACAGUCCUUUAGCUAUGGGCAUACUGUCCGGUAAAUACUUUGGAGGCGAUGGAGGUCCUGCAGAUGCUCGAAUGAAUCUUUUCAGAGGAAGAUAUUCUGAAGGGGAAUCCAGGUAUAGCUUGUCCAGUGGUGCUACAAGGACAGCCACGAGGGAAUACCUUCAAAUUGCAGAGAAGUAUGGCCUUCAUCCAGUUUCUUUGGCAAUUGGUUUUGUUUUGAAGCACCCACUUGUUGCAAGUGCUGUUUUUGGAGCAACCAAGAUAUGGCAGCUCCAGGAGAUUGUCAAUGCAUGUCACAUUGAACUAACAGCUGAAGUUAUUGCUGAGAUAAACGACGUUCAUUCAAGAUUUCCAAAUCCAUGCCCCUAGGAUUGAUGAUUGAUCAAUGAUCAUGUGAGGUAGAUGUGCCUCGUGGAGGCUUGAACCCCACCAGAAUUACUUAAUACAAGAAGAACUAAGAAGGCGAAGGCCGGUUUAUGAUACUUAAUACAAGAAGUCUGCAUCACGCGUUCAUUCUCAAUGCAGAGGUUGCUGAAUGUUCUCGACUGGAUAAAGACGACCAGUAGUCCGUAUAGUUGAAAUCUCACCAUCAAGGUGAAAUGCAAAUAUGCAAAACUCCACAAUUUUACAAGACAAUUUUCUUUUUUUUGGUUGUAAAGGCUAAAUUGUAAUGUUAGCUGUGAUUUCCUUUACAAGUCUAGAGACUCUAGACAAUUGUCAAUUCAUUAUCUAUACUACUCCGUAAUUUCUACUGAUAUUUUAAAAUAGAAAGUUUUGUUUUCUA